AGCAAUGCUCGAUGGCGAACAAGAUGGCGCAUCUGGCGUAUCCUGCAUGGCGCGAAAGGAAAUACUAGGGAAAGGAAAACACAUUUUUGGCAAGAGAAGAAACAGUUAAAGAAAGAACAUAUGCAGCUGCAUAAUAAUCAUGAAGCGUGUAUGUUCUCCAAACUCGGUAAUGCCGUUGAGGUCUUAUUCCAGUGUAACUUUAGAAUGUUUGGAAAGACCCGAAGUCGCUGACGACACAGAGAGUUAUAUCUCAGGAGGUGUUUUAAGAGGCGGAAAAUUAGCUUGGCUUGCACGUGGAGCCAGCUUGGAAGUCAUAAAUACAACGACGGGCUCGCGUCAAGCUUCUUGGAGGUUUGGUUGCGGCAUACAACAACAGCGUUCUGUGUGUAUUUCGUCCGUGCAGGAACUUUAUAUGGAAGAUGGUCCAAAAUUAUUGGUUGGUCUUAAGGGCUUAUCAAGUGGUAGUGGAGGAGUUGUCUGUAUUUUCGAUCCGUUUGUUUCGCGUGUGAUCAAAGCUAUUGAGAUUCCUUACCCUGUCACUGUAGUGGAAGGGGUGACAGGGUCCGGUGGAGCACAAGCAUCCCCUCAUGUCCUUAGGUUUGUAUAUAGAAUAUGUUUUCUGCAUAAAACUUCUACUGAAGCUGAAUUAUUGAGUACCUGGCCUCUUAUUUUCGUAGGUUUAAUAUAAGGAUAUAAUAUUUGUGAGAUUUCAGUACAAUCCUGUACAGUCAUUGUGCAUGUAGCAAUUGCAUAGUAUUAACAAAUGCAGUCAAAGCUCUCAUAAGCAACCACCUCGGAAAUUUGAAAAAGUGGCCAUAACUAGAGCUGGUUGCUAACGAGAAUGAGCUCUUGUAAGCGAUCACUUAGUAAAACAAUAGACGGUGGUCGCUUACGAGAGCUUCAUGUUGAUGGCAGGCUCUAUGAGUGGUCGUUGUCAUGUGGCUGCUGUAAGUGGAAAUGACCUUCAACUUUUACAAAUACAAUAUUGCACUGUACAAGAUCUUUGUUUACCAACCAUUAUCACAGUGUGCAGUUUCAUUUAAGUGGUUAUUAAUAUGAAUAACACUCUGAGUGGUCCAGUUGGGUAUAAAUCCCAAAAGUGGUCGUUGUCACUUACGAGAGUGGUCACUUAUGAGAGCUUUUCAUUACAAAAUUUAAGUGACAGUUUAAAGUGGGGUUUAACAAAGGCGGUCAUAACCAGAGCAGGUUGCUUACCAGAGUGGUCAGGAGGAGAGCUUUAACUGUAGUUUACACAGUAUUUCCAGUAAUAACCAAAGGUUAUGGAAUGUGUUCAAAAUCGAUCGAAGGUCAGGGUUCAAAGAAAAUCAUUUUUACAGCUUGCCAUUCGGGCAAGCUGAAGCAAGCAUUUACUAGCCCAGACGUCAUUUCAACUAGCCCCAAAAGCUUUUCGUCGAGCAGAAUUGAUUUCACACUUCUUCUGUUAUUCAAAUUCCUCAAAGAACAUCACUUGCCCGUCGGACAAGUUAAAAACAGAUUUCACUAGCCGAUAGCAAAAUCUACUAGCCCCGGGCUAUCGGACACUACUUUCUUUGCACGCUGAAGGUUAAAAUGCUCUUGCUGUAAUGCUGUACUUUUCCUUAGUUUCAUAUGAUAGAGGGUCAAAGUACACUUGAUCAGAUUACCAGUGAUGAAGGGUUCAAACUUGCGUCACGAGAUUGCAUUCUGUGUAUUCCAUUCAUUGUUAGUGGAAGUCCAAGUGAAAGCUAGGUAGAUAUGUGCCACACAUGUGAAAUGACAACCUAGAGAUUAAGGUUGCAGGUUCCUCUAGUCACCCGCAAUUAGUAGAGUCAAAAUAUGUUAAUGUAUGGGGCUGUCAUUAAAGGUAUUGUUCAUCUAGCUAAACGAUAUGGAGCUGUAUAGAAAUCUUUCCAACAAGUUAGAAGCUAAGACUUACACAAUACUUAUAUUGUACAGUAUCUAAGUUAGAUUGAUGAUGUACAAUUACGUAUAAAGAUAAGUAAUAAAGUAAUCUCAAAGUGCUUUAUUCUUGCAGUCAGCAGCUGAAGCUGUUUUUUGGAAUAGCAGCAGUUGGUACAGAACAAGGACACUGUUACUUGGUAGAUCUUCGUCUUGAUGAUGAAGGAGAAGAGUUUGAUGAGUGGCAUGCAAGCCCUGUUGAAUUGGUAAAUCCUUUAUCACAUGAUAUGCCACAGCUGAGGAACUCUGCAAGGACAAAUGGCACUCAUUUAGCAAUUGAGAUAGGAAGUAUGCUGCCUUUUUUUGUUUUUUUCAUAGCACACUUUUUUCCCUUCUGUCACCAGGCAAGUUUUCUUUCAAGCUGAUGUCAUUCCCCCAAGUAGCAGCAGCACGGGGGAUAACAUCCUCCUUGAUCUCCAUAAUUCUUCAGAUGAUACUCAGCCUCAUUCAAUGAUUGCUAAUUAUUGCACUGAAUUCCUGUGCCUCUUAUUAGGUUUUAUUUGUCAGACAUCAGUGUUUUGUCUUUGUUCCCUGGCUUGCUCGUUAAUACAGUUAAACCUCCAGUAACAGCUACCUCUCCACAAUGGCCACCCCUCUACAUUGGCCACUUUUUUUGUCCUGGGGGACAGUCCAUACAUUGAUUCUUGUUUAGACCUCUCUACAAUGGCAAUGGCCACUAAAUCACAUCCGCAACUGCCAAAAUUACCUCUCAACAAUGGCCACUUUUUUCAUGGACUGAUGAAAAAGUCAAGAAUGGUCAUGAAAGUUGAUUUGUAUGGCACCUUGAUGAUUAAUCGCGGCAAUCGUAUUUUGAUUGUGUUCCAUUUGUACUGCUGCAGUAAGCAUAACUGGUCUUUGAUACUUAUAGCAAAUGUUGCGAACAUUGCUCGUUUAGCCAUGUUAACGUUUUUACUUUUUUGUGUAUUUUACUUCCAUAUAUUACAUAUGAUUGGAUUACAUGUAUCAUUAGGAGAUACAGUAAACAUAAACAUAGCACAAUAAACAUGUUGUUCUCCCUAAAAAAAUUUGGUCAUACAGUCAAACCUCUUUAAUAUAGCACCAAUGGGACCGAACCAAGUGUCCGCUUUACAGAGGUGUCCUCAUUAUAGAGGUAGGGAAUGUAUGAUUUUUGGCAUUUCUGGGACCAAGCGAACUGACCGUAAUAAAGAGGUGUCCGUAAGGAGAGGUUAGAUUGUAUUACACUUCUUCAUCCCCAUAAUGGCCACAACAGCCACUUUCUUCUGUCUCUAAGGUGGCCAUUGUGGAGGGGUUCAAACUGUAGAAUUUUUUUUGCCACCGUUGUCUUGCAUUUAUAUUUCCAGGUUUUUGUCAUGUUUUUGGACGCUUUUCUUAUGUUAAGUGUGACUUUACUGAGAUGAAGAGUUUUUCUUCAGGUAAUAGAUUAUUAUGUUUGUUGUUUAUGCAUAUCCUUUUUCAGGUCAUAAGAAUUUUCUCUGCUUUUCAAGAUAAGUUAGAACAGAAUUACAUAGUCAAAGUGUUUGUAAGCACAGUAGAGGAAAAAUCACUUGGGUUUCAAGAGGUAGUGUCUUUUGCAUGGAAUGGCUUGAGUAGAAACAAAAGGGUUGUUGCAAAAAAUUUACCUGUUCAUUCUGUUGUGCAGUUAAAUGACUCUAUGUAAUAGUGUUUUAUCUCUGGCAACAUGCAGGUGGCCCAAGGACUUCUUUUGUAGAUGGAAAUAUUCCUUUUCAGCACAACACAUUUGAGUACCCAAGCUUGAGAUCUUGAAUAUUGUAUUGUAUGAAAUUGUGUUGGCAGUAGCAACUGAUGUCUGGUUUCACCCAUCAGCUGAAUUCAAACAGGUCUGAAUGCACUGCCAUUAAUUUUGGGUUUAAUUUUCUGUUUUGGACAUGCAGGUGAAGUGUUUGUGACUGCUGUCAAGUAUAUUAGGCAGACAAGCUCCUUGAUAGUAGGAUUCAACUUUGCUUGCUUUCAGAUGUGGAAUAUGGAAACCCUCACGCAUGUGUAAGUCUUGCCAUGUUAAUAAACUAUGUUAGACCACUUGAUAUUUCUUUAGCUAACAGUUCAUUUUCAUUGCAGUUUUUCAUAGAAACUAUGUAGAAGGACGACAUGCAUGAAGAAAUAAUAAUAUUAUUGUGAGUCUUUCUAAUAAAGAUGAUUCUUUUGUGUUCAGGUACAGCAGUCAGAUUGAUCAGUACUGUUCAGCAGUGACGCACUUCAUGUACCAGGUAAGGAAAUAACAUUUAACACUUUCAGUAAUAACAAAAAAUGUCAUAAGCUAAAUCUCUACAUGUAUUUUGUUUAGAAUAAUAUCUCCUGGUUUAAUGUUCUGGGUUCAAAUCCCACUCUGCAAAGGAGAUUAACCUGAGAAAACAGGUACAUUUUGCGAUGCCAUGACUGGUUUCUCUGUGAUAUGAUAUCUGCGAAACGAGCGCAGAAAUUCCAUACUGAUGACAUGUCACUGCCCAGAUCUGGGUAGUGAUUCUGAUUGCCUUGUUGUGGACGAAAUUUGCUUCAACCAAUCAGAAGCAUUACCCAGAUCUUGGAAGUGAUGCGUCAUCCAUACAGAAUUUGAUAUGUGCCUUUUCUUGUAUCUCAUUUUGUGGGGAAAUUAGAGGUGUUGUCACAAAAUGUCAGCUGUUUUCUCAGGCCACUGGCUUGAUUUGUUUCUCAGUAACAACAAGGCAGUUCAACUCCUUUCUCGUACUUGUAAAUAAGCAACUGCUUCAUUUCUAAUUUAAACUUUGUAUGAUUAUUUUUAGUUUAUUGUUUCAUUCAUUUGCUCAGCUCCAUUAGCUUUUGCACUUAUGAUAAUGUACAUUCUUGAUGGUAGAACUAAUAUUAAAGGCUGGUAUUAUUACUAUUAAUAGGAGCCAGAGAAUGACCCACGCUACUGCUGCUACUUGUGGGUUGCCCGAGGCCCUCUUGUCCCCGAGAACUGCCCAGAGACACCCGCUACUCUUACUUUAUACCAACUGGUUUUUGCCUCCAGAGAUAUGCUCCCAGGGUAUGGAAUUGUUUACAAGGUAAGAUAGCAGGAAAGGUUCUUUCCUUUUACAUUUGUAAAAACUCCAAGUUUGUUCCAAAUCCAAUAAAAUAAUGUUAAAUGUGCAGACCUUUAAGUUUAUUGGUUUACAAGUGGAAUUUAAGUAAAUGUAACAGAGGCAAGUCAUGAAUUCAAAAAUGUUUUUUUUAAUAUUCGAUAAAUGCCAAUUUUCUAUAAAUUAGACACUCUGCCACGACCUUAGCGGGCAUCCAGUGGUCAAUCCCAUAAGUGCAGGCUCACAUGGUUCGUGGUAGAUUUGUACACUGCUAGGAUCUGACAGUUCCUUGUUGGGCAUUUGUGCAGUGGUCUGUGGAGAGGUUCAUUUAGCAUCUUCCCCCCUCCCAUCCCUUAUUUUUGUUCCUUCCACUGUUUCAUCAUUAUGACGGGUGCUUGGAAUGGGGGCUCAUGGCUGGGUUGCAGGGAUUUACCAGCCAUAGGGGCAGUAUUCUAUCUAGGGGCUGGCAGUCCACAGUGGAAGCCCCUGGAUAUCCCAGGCACCCACCUUCCACAGAUACUUCUAGAUUAUAAAUCAGAAUGUAAUGCAGUAACAAAACAUUGCCUAAAUAGAGCAUGGGUUUUACUGUUUUGAGAAGUAAAGCAGUUUCACAUAAAUUUGCGACAAACAACAUCAGCCUCCAGUAGGAAACUAUAUGCAUACAAGACGUCAAUGGGAAACUCAAAAUUCAAUGUUUCGGAUGCCAGUACACUGUUUUUUUCCCGACUUUUGAAGGGCUCAAAACAUGGUUCGAGCUAUCAAGUGUAAAAUUAUAUAUAAAUGAUCUGAGGGGAAACAUAAAUGACUUCGAGUUAGCAAGAGGUUCGAGUUAUCGAGGGUUCGAGUUACCAAGGGUAAAAUUACAGUAAAUUUAUGACGGAAAUCCAGGGGAAUUCGAUUUUUGUUUGAGUUUGUGAGGGUUUGAGUUAUCGGAAGUCAACUGUACAUGUAUUACAACCUUACUUCAUAAUUAUAAUUAACCAAUAUUAGUUUUUUCCCACCAGGAACUGAGUGGUGUUGGUCGUAGAUUUGAACAUCAACUAACUGCUGAUGCUCAUCAUCUAGUUGAUGCAACCUCUGUUGGAAGCAAAAUUAUUUGCUGCUAUACAUUAGGUGAUCAGACUGCUGUGUUGUUUCUUUUUUUGGCACAAUAUUAUUUUAAUAAGUGGUCUGUUUGUGUCAUCUUAUCAAGGAGACCUGACAGUCUUGUUGCACCUCUGAUUGUUCUCCAUCUAAACUCACUGUUAUUAAAUUCAAAACCAAUAGAGUACUUAAGUGUGACGUCAUAAAAAUGAAAUUUCUGAAAUUAUGGGAUUUGUCAGGAUAUUCUGAAAGAACAACGUCCAAGAGACCUACUUGCCAAAAAUGAGCAUUUUGGGACAAAUUGUCUCUGAGAUCGCAGCCCAGUUAUGCUUAGAAAACUCCAUACAAACCCUUCUAAAUUGUUUUGGGUCGACCCCAAAAAAAUUAGAAGGGUUUGUAUGGAGUUUUCUGAGUAUAACCAGCUAACAUCUCAGGGACAAUUUGCCCCGAAAUGCUCAUUUUUGGUAAGUAGGCCUCUUGGACAUUGUUCUUUCAGAGUAUCCUGACAAAUCCCAUAAUUUCAGAAAUUUCAUUUUUUUGAAGUCAUCACUUAAGUACUCUAUUAAAGCUGAUGCUACAAAUAUCUUAGACCGAAAAAAUGAUUAAGAGUAAAUUAGACUGGCAGUAACUUAAACAGCUAUCUGUAGCACUCGACAAAAUAUUUGAGCAAGCAAAGUUGCAUGAUAAAUUUAGGGAGUUGAUGGGGACAUUGAGUGUGUUUUUUCAUUUUUAUUAUAUUUAUUUAUUUAUUUUUGCCAUGUGAAGUGUACAAAGAAAGAAAGAAAAAAUACACUAUAGAAAAAAAGUGGCAAGGAAGCCCUAAAUAGAAACCACAAGGCUUAUAACGUGAGGCUUCCUCGAUUACAAUUAACUCCUGAUGGCUACACAUGUACAGCUAUGACAAUUAAUUUCAAAAGAGUAGUAAACAAGUAACGAUCCGUGUGUAAAUUAAUAAAUACUAAAAUUACGGCAAACAUAUAUUACAAACGACAAAUAUUGUAAUCAGAGGACAGGUAAACUUCUAUUAUAAAGAAACUAUUCAAUUCUUCUUGACUAAUAGCUGUUAACAAUAUAAUUUUUCAGAUUGAUUUUAAAGAAAGAAAGAGAGAUUGAGUUACAAAUGUCAUUAUCUAUAAGGAAUUAAAGUAUUUAGGACCCUGGUAACUUACAGAAAAUUGUCUAGUGUUUGUUCUACAGAAGAGUAACUUAAAAGCAUCAGCAUUUCUAAUCCUAAUGGGUAAAAGUGAGUGUUUAUAGUAAUACAUAAAUUUGCCUAAUUCUAGUAAAUGAAUAACAUGAUCAAAGUAGGGUUGCUGAUACUUUUGCUUUUUUUGUUAAACUAACCAGGAGAGUAACAACAACAUUAAGAAACCUCAUUCAAUGCUUCUUUUUGUUGCAGAAAAAGAUGGCAGCUCAAAUGACAGCCCAAGAAUGGAUGAAGGUGUGUAUUUGGCUCGCUACAGUUGUACCGUGCAUGAGUCUCAAUUAAGAUGAUAGGUUUGACGUUAUCAUUUUCUUUGUGUAUUUAAUAUAUAUAAUGGAACAUUUUAUUCAAACAAGGGAAUGUUUGCAGUGACUAUCAUCAUCAAAGUUGAACCUUCAAAAAUUAUUGGUGUCCGAUGUCUGGUGACACAUGUACACCUCAACUGUCCAUAAACGGCUUUAUGGAUACAUCUCCCUUGUACAUUUGCACAAUUUGUCAUGUUAUUACUUUCUUGCCUAGCUUGUCUGGGAAAUCUAAAACACUAUCAAAACUAACACUCCUGUGCUACUAUCUUACAGUUGAUCAUGUGAGGGAUCUUACUUUAGCUGUGUGUGUUUGGGAGGCACCAUCUCAUGAUCUGCAUUCCAAGCCCACAUGUCAUCUUGGUAUUUUUGAUAUUAACUGUUGGUAUCAUUCUCAAAUGCCACCUUCCAUUAGGUAAGGGUUGCCACUAAUAACCUGAGUAACCAUUAUGAUAGGAAAACUCUAAAGAUAACGAUUACAUCAUAAAUAUACUUUGUACAGGCACUUCUGAAGAGACUUAUUACCUUUUUUGUAAGGGCUCUUGUUGAUCGUUACUCAUUAUCAAACAUGGAGAGCCCAACUUUCAAAGUUUGAUGUUUUGGCUAGUUUUUCGUUCUGAUGAUUGCCAAGAAGUUGUUAAUGUACUGAAGUAACAACUAACAAGUAACAUUGUUUUUAAUAGCUACACCGGUUAAGUGGAUUAUACAAGUGAAAUACUGGUUUGUAAUGUAGAACGUGAGUUAAAGUAGGUGUAUGGUUUGGGACUAAACAUUAUGACAUUGUCAUUUGUUUUUUGUUUGUUUGCUUUAUGAAUUUUCAGAGAUGCCAUGUUUGGCAGUAAAGAUCCCACUUGCCCUUUCUUUGCUUUCUUCUCUCUGGCGGACAUUUUAGAUGCUGCAUCACCUGAUGGAAUAGUGGUAGGUUUUUUAGCAGAGUGAAACAAAUAACAGCUUUGUACACAAUUUGUAAGACUCAUGUUGGCUUGCUGCCACCUGAACUGUGCACAGAAAUGAUUCAGAAUUUUUUCGUUAUUGUUAUCAUUUUAGUUUACUAAAUGAACUAUUUACUAGUAAUUUCCCUAAGCUACUCUAGCUAGGCAACCAUACCAGAGACGUUAUGCUCAUAUACCUUCCUUAAAACAAUACCAUUUGAGUGUACCUGGAACUGUGUAACAAAUAAUAUAAUUGAUACUAGAGAUAUUCUGCAGUUUUAAAUGAAAAAUAUUAUAGUAGUAUUGCAUGUGAUAAUAGUAUUAUAGGAGACUCUUACAAAUUACUGUAAAUUUUGUUGUAACUCUAUGUGUUUUUUUUUUAUUUCAAGGAUAUCUUUGUGGAAGUCAAAUCUCUUUCCAGCUUCAUGUCAGUUGCUGGGUCAACACUGGAGCAGCACCUCUGGCCAUCAUCUGUCAAGUUUGGUAAGAACUGUUAAUUUAUGUUAUUUUUUUCCUGUUUGAGUUGUCUAACAUCUUAUUAUGUUCACUAUUUUAGAUACAUGUUGCUUAAUGGAAACUGGAGUAGUUCAUUCAAAGUUCCUAGGAGUCCAACGUCAGGUAACUAUUUUUGGUUGAGAAAAUACAGUUCUCCUGUAGGCGACCACCUCCCAUAAGCGUUCACCUUCCUAAAACACCAAAAAAUAAUGUUCUCAGUCAAAACCUUAUACUGGAACCUCUUGUAAACGACCACCUCCGUUAAGUGACCACGACCAUUUUUUUGGCUGACAGUUUAAGAAUUUUCUUUUGUUUGCAACCUUCAGUAAGCAACCAUUUGACACAUGGUCUUACUAAACAGUGAAAUAAAAAGGAAUUUAAAAAGGAAUUUAUUCUUUGGCUGUCAUUAUUGUCUAUGCAUCUAUUACUGUGUUUAUUAGUUUGAUCUACGUUGGUAUAUCUACAAUACUAACCAUUUCUCUUGAGAAAAAGACUCAGAUUUCCAGGUUUCAGUUUAAGAAGUUAAGUUUUUGUCACACGUUCUAGAGGCAUUUCUGCACUAAGUAAAAUUUUUUUACCACAAAUUUAAAACGUGCAUUAUCUAAUUAAUUCCACUUCCAUAAAUGAACUGUCACAUAGAAUAGCUAAUCAUUUUGUCAAUAAUACUACCAAUAUUUGGCAGGGGAAAGUAAGCUUUCAAUAUUUUUUAGAAUAAAUUAAUAUGCCAUUCCAUGCUAGGUUGAAUUUUAAAAACUCUGCCCUUGUGGUCUGACUCUCAUAAGCAACCACCUCCCAUAAGCGACUACCAAGCCUUUGCAUUUUGGGUGGUCGCUUUGGAGGUUUGACUGUAUAAUAAAUAUAGAAAAUAAAAUUGAGGCCAUCUUCAUUUUGAUGUGUCAGCUUGGGUAGAUAAUACUUAAUAAUAAUAAUAAAUUGUAAGUAUAUAACCAUUGUUGUUGGUAAUGAUUAUUGUCUUUGUGAUGUUUUAGAUUCUUGCUAACAUGAGCAAACUAGGAGUGAGCUGUCUCUCUGAUGCUCAUGAGUAUUUCAAUAUGUGCUAUGUUGCUGGACUUCUUCCAAGGAAUUUUGAUCUUUCCAAAGAAAGAUCUGUGAGUACUGUGUUUCUGCCUUUUUCAUUUCAAAUGUGACAAUUUUUUGGAUUAGUGUUGUAUUUUUCGCUAAUAUUGUAUUGAUAUUGAAAAUGACCAUUGUUGUGGGUUACAUUUCUAUUGUCUAAUUCAUUUUUUGCAGUUUCACAUUGAUGCUGUCUUUUCAGUUGCCUUAGAACAUGGCUUGUUGACAUUAAUAAUAUCUUGUAUACAGAAACUUGGAGUCGGAAGUAAGAACAAUGCAAUUUUUUCUCCACAUCCAUUGUAUGCCAAACAUGGUAGAUACAUAAUGUCCAUAACUACUGUAAUAGGUAACCUUCAAUAAUAAUAUUAAUAUUAGCUAUCCCUCAAUUUUAGAAUUUACGUGAUUUUUAUUUACUUUACCUAUUGUCUCAAUUCAGAUUUCUUUAAAGUUGUCAAUAUAUUUUCUUUCUUACUCUUCUUGUGAUGACUUACCAAUUCCAGUUAUUUUCAUAAUCUGUGGUGAUUUACUAUUCUUACCUUUCUUACCUUUUUAGUACUCCUGUACAUGAUUCCUUUCUAUGCCUGGAAAUGGAGCCAUCACUAAAAGCUUCGCAAUAGGCUCUAUAACAUGCAACUUUAAAACAAAACUGCCCAGAAUCAUGAACUGAAUGUAAUAUUUUCAGUCAUCACUCAAACAUUAACAGGAAGAAUAACCAAAGACACCAGUAGUGAAUUUACUAACAGUGUUUCCAUGGGAUGACAUUUAUAAACUUACUGUUACAAAAUGUACCUGCGACUGUACAUGUAAAAAGUAAGUAUUCAGUACAGAUGUAAACUGAGAAAGUAUAUUUACGUUAUAUUUUGCCCUAAACUGUGCAUACUCAAAAUUUAUUCUGGGACCUCUUGAAAAUGGUAAAAUGUUGUAUAUGUGUUUUUGCAGUUGAGCAUGCAAAAUGUUUGUUUCUUCCAGAUUUGAGUCAUGCAGGUUGCAGUUUAAAGUUGAUAUUGGAUUGGGCUUGGGACCGUGUUGUGGAAAUCAAAGAUCACUUAGACCAACUUUGUAAGAACCUUAACACUCUUAAAUUGUGUAGCUAUUGACUUUGACACAUUUAAAAUAACUUCGGAGUUACAUAAUGUUACUAACAUAACUACUGUAUAUGGUACAACACCUAAGUAUUUUUUUUUUAAAUGAAUGCGUGUUUGUGCUUCAAGGGUUCCCUUGACUUGAUUUAUCAUAAUGUAUGCUUUAAAAUUUAGCAGUGGUUUAGGGAUCAAGACAAGCUUACUAGUAGUAUUUUUGGUGUUUUUUUUGUUGUUGAAGGCAUUCCACUAUUUGAUGGUGGCGGUGGUACCCCUGAUGACCAGAUGCUUUUGAUGUUAGACAAUCAGAAAGUACAACUGGCUCACUUAACAACUAUAUUCCAAGCUCUGAUAACCCAGUCAGUGCCUACUACUCAACAAGGUACUGUAGUUAUGAAUAGUUUCCAGCUCUUAAGGAUUAUUCUGCCUUAAUAGUAGGCCUGAGUGUGAAUGAAUGAAUUGAACUGAAGAAUUGCUGUUCACUUGUGGGGUCCUUUUUUUCACCAAAAUAUAAAUUUUUGCUAAAUAACUUUUUAGUUUUUAUUGUACUUUGUUUACUUUGUACUGUACUGGUUACAUGUAAAUACAGCUUAAGAUUUUGCUUUUUUCAGGUCUCAAAGAUUUAGAAGAAAAAUUCAAUGUUGUUGGUAUUAUUUCAUUGGUAGGUUGGCUUUUCUUUGUUCAAUCUUGAGGAAAACUCAAAACCUUUAAAAACUUUAGCUAAACCUUUAGUUUUUAGCUUAUGUGGCACUUCUGUUCUGCAAUCAGUUGAGAGGAUAGCGAAUAAUUGGAAGCAGUAAAGAAGCUUGUUCACCCAUUCAAAGAUUUACUCUGGUUGUGUGCUGUAUACAAAUGUUUGGUGCACACCCUUGCCUAAAGAUACCUUUGUCAAAUGGCAUUUUUAGUAAAGCAAUGGUAAGGUCAUGCAAUGUGUUGUUCUUUCAUUGUGUUUUUGCAGUAUUUGAGAGUUGUUGUUUGGCUUGUUGGUCAGGGAUUGUUACCAGAACAGUCAGGUAAACAUGCCUAGUGUGAUAAUAAUAUUAUUAUCACUAUUAGUGAGUUCACAUGAACUUUAUUUAAAAUUGAUUCAGUAAUCUAUCAAUAGCAAUUUUGUUUAUUGAAAGCCCAUUAUUUGAUUUCUUGAUUUAAUUCUUGAUUGCUGUUUUCAAAAGUAAGAUUGUGAUUCAUUUUUUUUUUUUCCAGAGGGCUCGACACCAACAACAAAAAGGUAAGUAUAAGUGAUACUAUUCAUAAUUUUUAGAACAGAAAAGUGUAUGAGAGAUAGUUCAUGUAUGGAUCCUGUGAGUUAACGUUUUAGUAAAACUCUUCAGAAUAUUGCUUUUCUUCCUCUCUAGUACACUUUACAUCUGUUUCACUUCCAAGCAUUAAGAAUAAUUUAUUUUUAUAAUUUCAGAAGCCAUUGUUAUCCUGCUGCAUCUCUUACUCGUGUUUGUCAAAGCAGAAGAACAGACUUGGAAAACUUAUGGAAGUAUGUGUGCAGGCACUAAGAUCUCUGUCUAGUGGUUUGUUAGGUUUGCCACGUACUAGUUUCCUCUUGUACAAAACCAAAAUACCUCUCCAGUGAACUAAAGGAUCUCAUGACAUCACUGAAGGAACAGGGAUACAUGAACUGUUACCAAAAAGACACCAUUUCUCAUGCAUUUCAAUGUGUUUCUAACAAAUCUUUACAAGACUGUGUUGGAAAGUAGGGACUGUCUGACAUGAAUGUGGUGAUGUUUGGAUGGAAUGUUUUAUAAAUCUCAAGUCACAGUAGGGAAGAAUAUUAAAAUGCAUGGUUUACACCCAAUAUUCUGACAAUCAUAAGCAUUAGAAGAUGAAUAAUUAUUUAUUAGUAUAUACACACUCAGUGAUCUUGGUGAUUUAAGCAAUCCAAUUGGUUCGCUAUCUCAGACAAUUCAACAAUAUUCACCUCCUAGCGAGUGGAUAAUGUGUGAGUUCAGUGUUUUUCCCAUUUUUUUAGAGAGUGAUCUUUUUAAAAGUCGACAAAAUCCUAGGGUUGACUUUUUUCUAGGCAAGAAAAGACUUCGAAGGAUUCAACACGGCGUUUUUUCAUUUACUGUGGCUGAGUUUUAUGCUUGAUGGAUUGUUUACAACUCCCAUUUAUUCCGUACAAGUUUCAUAAACUUGGUGUUUCCUAACAAGAAAAAUUUGGCCCAAAAUCGAAGUAUAUUUUAUGACAAACAAAUUUGAAAGCAAAUGUUUGCAGAAAUUCUUUGUUUCAAGUAAAUAGGAAAAAUAAUACUACAGGAAGAUAACGUCUUACCUCGAGCAACUGAGCCGCCAUUUUUAUCAGCACUUCAUGCGAAGAACGACACAACAAACCCUUUUAGCUAUAAACUUGGUGAGUCAACAGAAAACAGCAAAGCUCUACUUUUCUUCUCAAACUUUUAACGGUUCCAUUUAAGCCAUUACGCUGUUGUCUGCAAAGUGAUCAACUUGUGAAUUGCUUUGUUUGAAAAUUCUGCAAAGAUCUAUUUUUAAACUUUCACCUGAUUUGAUCCAUCAAUCGAAUCAUACUUUUUAAUGGUUUCCUCUCUGAUUUUGUUGCGAUCACUUCGUGUGUAGAUACUAAAACAAUUAUUCUUUUCAAUCCUGGUGAAUAGUGGCUUUAGGAAUAUUUACCUUGCCACUUUGCGGCUCGGUAAAUAUAUAGCCACUAUUCACCUUGAUAUCAAAGAAUAAUAUUAUUGUUAAUUAUCAUCAUAUGGACUUCAGCAUACACCGUAUAUGAUUUCAUCCCUUUCUUUACAUCUUUUAUCCUUUCAGUAAGAUGUAUAUGUGUGGGUGCACAUGCGCCAUCGUAGGUUGUUCCUCUUAAAAUGUUUUCCAAUUUUUGCUGCAGUAGUUACUGUAGUUGAAACCAAUAAUAAUUGUGGAAUUGCGCACAUUUUAGGUAUCAAACUCAUGAACAGUUAUAACAUACUGAUAUUUCUGGCAGCAACAAUUUGCAGUCUGUCCCAUUCUAAUUAGUGUUAAUAGCAUUUUUUUGUAUUUGCCGCAGCGAGCCAGGAUCUGUGGGCCUUAUGGUAGACAAACUUACGGCACAGCUUGGUAACCAAGCAUUGAGCCUGUGGUUUGCUAAGGCAGAAAUUCAGCAAUAUCCACCCAGUAGUUUGCAUGUGGGUAUUUUAGCACUUAGAUAACCCAACUCUUCCAUUGUUUGUAUUUUAUUUGAUAAAUUGUUCCAAACACAAGUGGAAUUAGCCUGCGAACUGCAGACGUUUCUCCUUGCUAAUCGCCACUAAGGGAUGUUUCGCGAGGAGGAACAUCUGCGACUCAGCGACAGAAAUUCCAUACUGAUGACGUAAAUCAAUGUUUACAGAAUAAAUCCGGUAGUCAUGGGGUUCCAAAUGUAAACUGGUUCAAUCUUGCGUUUCUCCUGGUCGAUUUUGGAAAAGUGUUGCGUUUAUCUGUGGAUGAGCACCAGCAAAACUCAAAUGCUUCUUCUAGAGAAGACUAUAUUCCAAAAGUAUUGACUGUUUUGUUAGAGUUUCAUCACGUUUACAUUUGACCUUUGGCACCUUUUGUCUUUUGUCUGUCAUUCGUAAACAAUAGCUAGAACAAUGAAACUACUCCGUCGACCAGUUAGCGCUUCUGACUGGAUUCCACACACAAUUUUGCGUCAUCAGUAUGGAAUUUCUGUCGCCAAGUGGCAGACGUUCCUCCUCGCGAAACGUCUCUCAGCAGCGAUGCGUGAGGAGAAACGUCUGCCAUUCGCAGGCUAAAGUAGAGUCAUAAGCUAUUUUUAAUAGUAAAUGUAUAUUAAGUUGCAUUCAUUACACUGUACUGUAUCAGGACGUCUCAAUAUUGUCAAUAGUGCUGGGCCAAUCACCAUAAAGUGUUACUGUAUAACACAUUAGACAUGUAUUUGAAUUUCCUUUUUCUUGUUUUCUUUAUGUAAUGUGAUGUGAUCAUUUUUGUUUGUUUCUACAGGGACUCUGCAGUCUGUAUUUAAUUGACAAAGUCCAUCCCUCUUUGAAGCACUGUAUUGUAUCCUUAAAGAAAUCCAAUAGUAUGUCUAAUAUUUGAGUUAGUAUUUAAACUAUUAUGACAAAUCAACUAAGCUAUGAUUUGUGCAUACAGACAAACUGUGUACACUGUGUGCAAGUACACUCUAUGUGCUGAUUAUUGAACUUAUUGUUGGUAUAUUCUCAAACAAUGUUGUCAACUCUUAACAUAACAAAGGUGUGCUAUUUGCUACUUGACUUGAGUUUCCUGGAUGCCGAACUUGAAAGAAAUGAAGUAAGAAUGUGGCUGUUUUGUUUGUCUUCAUGGUGUGAACUUUCCAGUAGGACCUACUAUUUCCUUUAAGAAGGUGAUUUUAAUCACCAUAUUUAGUCACAGCCUGAGAAAGAAAGAGGGCUUUUUUGAAACCACAUUUUCUUCCUCUUAAGGCUCAACUUGCAAAUUAACAAAAUGUUUAUUUAGUUUCAUUUUGACUUUGUACAUGAAAGAGGAUACUAUGCAUUUCAGUUCACAAAACUGUAGCACAAGUUUUACAAUGUACGAAGGCUAUGUUUGAAACUGCAUAUAGGAAAUCAUUAUGUGAUUGAACCUGAUUGGUACAUUUGGAUUUCUUAAACAAGGUGACAACAAAAUUUGCUGAAGAAUUCAACAUGCCAGAGGGAUUAAGAAGACUUGUACAAGGAUUUUGGCUUCUUGAUCACCAGUACUUUGAGGUACAGCUACUUUUAAAGUGAAGCUCCUUUGCUUGAAAGCUGAUAAUUUAUUAUUUUAUUUGUUUGCCUCAGUAACUUUUUAAGAUAAGGGAUGAUCUCUCAUUCACUGCAAAGCAAGCACUACUGUUUGUAUAGGUAAUAGCAUGUUUUGUAGUGAUAUUUGGUAUAAAUACCACGAGUGAUAUUUCAAAAUUGUUAUACGUAAUUUGAGACAAUUUUGAAGUAUCACGAGUGGUAUUUAUACCAAAUAUCACAUUCAAAUCCUGCUAUUAUUUGUUUAUUCUACUACCCGUAAUAGGUUUGUAAUUUUCACAUGUAGGUAUUUCAAAUUAAGCUGAAAUACCACUGCUCUAAGCCAAUUAAAUUGCAAAAAUUUCUCAUGUAGUAGUAUAAGGAUUGUAAUUUUCACUUGUAGAGUGCAGUAGCAGUGUUAGUUGAUCCGGUGGUAAACACUGAAGUGGGUACCUGGCAAAGGAGCUUUAUUAUCAAGACAUUGCUUGCUCAAGGUAACAGUAGUGACCAGCGAAGCUAUGGUUUCUUUCCCUAUUGACCAGCAUUUCCCUGUCAUGAAACUAACAAAAACAUUAAAUUGCAUGUAUGUUGUUUAGGGGAGUCACAAAGAGCCUUAUAUUUUAUGAAGAUUACACAUCCUCUUGUGCAGGACUUCAAUGAAGUGAGAUUAUACCUCACAGUUUUGUUAGCCAAUGGGUAAGGUUACUUUAUAGUGUUUGUGUUUAUGUUCAGAUUCUAACUGUUCAGCACUUGGUUCUCCUACACAUUAUUAUAGACAAGACAAGGACAAGUCUCUUGCUUUGUAGGCAAGUAACUACAACCGAUAAGCAAUAUCAAAAAAUAAAAAAGAGAAUAUACAUUAAUCUUAUUUUGAACUUCAAUCAUAGCGCCAAUUGAAGGUUUGUUUUUGUCAAAAAAUGCACAACUUGUUUAAAAUUUCCAGUUAUGACAUCCGUAAAACCAUAGGCGCAGUUUCUAUGCUGUACCCUACAUAACGCUUUUUAAUAAAAUUGUUCUGUGUGUUUGAUUUUUUUCUUCAGUAAAGUCACAGAGGCAUUCAGAUUUCAGGUAAAGUUGUACAUUUGUUUCAAAAAAUAAUAAUUGAAGCUCUCUGUUAUAUCGUCGCAAGUGACAAUUUACUCUUGAAAUUAUAGCUAAUUUUUGAGACUCAUCAGAGACACGGACUAAACAUUUUUUACCCUUUAAUACUUAAAACUUGUUUUACCAUAUUCUCAUGAACUCACUUCACAUUUUUCUCCUUUCUUUUUUCAGAAGCGUCAUCAAAACCUGGCAAAAAGCAAAGAGUUGUUGUACCAUUUUUUCAGGGGCUGUCAGCAAAGUAAGCAAGCUCAAUAAGUUCAUUCUUAUCAAAUCUAAAUGUAAGUUUUUAAUAUAGAUGUAUAAACAUUUUUGGGACGUUAUUCACGACACGGUCACUAAAUUUAAUGGGAUAAGCUUUGUCCACAAGUCAUUAAGCAUUUUAGAAGUGUCUCUGAUUGUAUGCAAAUUCUUACAUCGUUGAGUGGCAAAAUGUUUGCAAAAUUGGCUGGUUUUAAAAUAAACGGGUUCCGAACUCAACAUCAGCGACGAACUUUUCAUCGCAUAAAUACUCAAUGCAAGUUACUUAAUGAUCUGAUAUAAGAGGCUUUUGUUUUUAUUUUUGGUUUGGUUUUCCCAACAGCUCAGAACAUGAACAAAUUGUUACAGCUUUCUCUAGACUGUGCUGAAGAGGUCUGUGAUUAUUCAAAGCAGGUUGUAGAUAUUUUAAUUGCUCUCAUUAGAAGGAAAUCAUAUGGUCUUUCCUGGUGAUCAAUGGAACGAAAUUGAAGGCUUUGUGUACUGUCAUGUUUUUCGUGUCUCCGCAGGAAUUCUUGGUGAAAUUUCUUCAGGACGAAUCUGCCUUAUCAUCUAAAGAACUUCUUGUAAUGCAUUACCUUCAAAGAGGUCGUUACGUAGAGGGGAUAAGGCUCAACGAGCUUUUGAAAAAGGAAAAUGCGGUGUGUAUUUUUAAUGCAUAUUUUUUUUCAAUGACAUCAAUUGUAACGUAUUGUGCAUUCAAGUAAGGGAGUAAUGUUUUCUUGUUAUUUCGAAGAGUCAGCAAGAUGAGAAAGCCAAAGUGAGAAAUGCUCUGGUUGAUGCGUACUAUAGAUGUUUGCCAAAAGUUCAACGCAAACUUGUAUUUGGACCUGACAAGCGUCUGUCCCAGCAAGCCAUAAGCUUAACUGAAGGUUUGUUUUCUGCUUCUCCUCAUAUUUGAGGUCUCAUCCGUCUCUUUUCCUGAACAAAGAUAAUAUGCAUGAGAUCUACUUAGCUGUAAAAUUGAGCUCCUUGUCAGAAUUAACACUCUUCCUCAUGUAAAGCGGUGAGAUAGCUUUCAGUAUUGUCUUUUAAAAUUGGUACUGGUUUCUGGACAGAACCUAAGAACACGUGUCACCUCUAUUGCGUAACUUAUCGUUUCUGUUAUUUUGCUAGUUAAUUAACCACAAAUUUCCAAGCGUCAACUGUUAAUUAUAUAAUAUUGUUGUUGCGUUACUUUAUUUGUGUGUGUUGACAGUUGCUCGACCCAAACCCCUGUCAACUGUUGUACACAAAGUGGACACAGGGCGCCCAUUGUCUCGUGCAGUGAUCCUGAACUCAGCCAUGGAUAAAGUUCAAGAAAUAAGGUGACACUAAGUGCUUAGUUCCAUCCUAUGUGUCCGUGGUGUGUCAUGCUUCACUCUGGCUGGUUUGGUUUCACAGAUAACAUGAACAUCCAUUAUAUUGAAUACAGGACUCAAGAUAACGGUCGGUCAACGGACAAUUUCCGGCCAGAAUGGCAACGUGACUGGCCAAAAACUUCACUCGCCGGCCAUGUUGACCGGUCUUUCAUACUCUCAUUCUUGAACAAACAGCCAAAUCCUCACCUGUAAAUCUUAGACUUUUGUCCCUUUGUAAAAAUACAAAUAGAAUUUUACAGAAGGAUUAGUUUACUUUUAUUCCCGAUAUUUUGACCGGUCAGAAACGAGACUUGACCGAGCAAAAAUUUCUUUGGCCGGUCAUCGUGUCCGGUUACCAUCCGAAAAUGAUUUUGAGCCCUGCAUUGAUCUUUAUUGUUUUACUGAUUAAAAGCUUGUGAAAAAUUUAGACAAAAAAUAGGAACUAAAGACGCUGUGUUUAAAUCAAAACCUGGAGCUUCACCCAAUGGCUCAGAGCUUCUUCGAAGGACAGCACACUCCAAUAGUUUUUACAUGGAUAUAAUGGUUAUUUAAUCAGACUCCUUUGUAUAUGUAUUCUUAAUUUGUUGUAAGUAUAUGGUGGAAUUUAGAUUUCAAUGGUUGAUUUCUUUUGUUUCUUUGAUGUCAAGCAGAUUGACAGAAAAAUCAGACGGAGCACUCCAACAAGCUGAACCUUUUGUUUGUACUCCAGUUACACCUAAAGCUAAGAGUAGAUUGAGGUAAGUCGGUCAAGAGUUUUUGGUCAAAUAAAGUACAUUGAACUUAAAAAUGGUACUGGUAGUAAUCCUUCUGUACAAUCCUCUGUCAUUUUUUGUAGUGACUCAAACAAAGUUGGAGUUGUUUUUGCAUCUGUAACAAAACCAUCAUCUGAGAAUGUACUGGUAAUUGUAUAAUUUAUACUAUAAUAGCACAUUUUCACCUGUUACUAGUAACGUGAACAUCGUGACCAUUUCUUGAAAGACCUACUGUAGUACAGUAUACUACAGACUUGAAAUGAUUUCAUAAACAAAAGUGCUUACAAUGUGUUUAGCAACAACAUAGAACGAGAGCUGUAAGCAACAGAAGCUUUGUAGUGUUUAGUGUUGAUUAGCAGGCUGAAUUGUUAUUGGUAUGUUGUUUGUAGUCACCAAUGGCCUCUGCCAAGAAGGUAGCCUCGCCAACAUUCUUGGACAAGAGAAGGUAAUUUUCUUAUUAGUUUACGUGAUUCAUACUGGUAUUCAAGCAUUUUACUAUAACCAGUUAAUCGUUUGAGAUAAUUCUGUUUCCACAGUGUUCUGGAAAUACGUUGUAGUCCUUGCACAAGCAUGCUACCCGCAAGCGUGACACUCUUGAAAUACCACUGUUUAAAACGGCUACUGGUCAACAAACAUUUAGUCACAGAGCUGUUAACAUGUGGAACAACUUAGAUGACAAUUUAACAGCCUGUUUCUCCUAAGACUUUUUUAAAACUUAAUGAAGGGCCAUUUACUUUCUAAACAAUAAUUUUGAUAUGCUAUAUUACCUUUAUUUUUUAUUUUUUUUCUUGUAAGUAGUGACUGAAAAACUCCAAGGGAAGUUAUCAUUAAAGUACCACUUGUUAAUACUAUUGUAGUGUGUAGAAAGCAAACUCUAAACUCGAGUCAAGAUCUUAUUCACAGCAUCACUUUGUUGAAUAUAUGAAUCUCCAGCGUAUUUUUUGUGACUCGCUAUCAAUAAACUUUGUUAACCACUUGAAAAAAGCAUGUAUAUUAAUUAAUCUGAUACAUUUUGUAUUCUUGGGAAAAUUACCUUUUAAAAUGGUAAAAAGUACAGAGAAUUAUUGCUCUUGAUUGUGUUCAAAAACCUUUUUGUGUUUAGAGUUCCAGAACUGUUCCCUAUCAAACUUUGCAUUACUGAGCGACCCUGGGCUCAAUAGUAGGUUGAGUUAGCUGUCAGUUUUUUUCUUAGCUCAUGUUCUUUGUGUGGAUAUCCACUGUUUGUUUUAUCAGGCGGCAGUUUUUCUCAGGUGCUGAAGCCUUGUCUCUGUUAGCAACGCCACCUGUUGUCAAGGUUCAGCCGGUAAGUUCAUUAGCUUUACCAGAAGCGUGAUAACCUCGCCUGUUUCCCUAAUUCCAUUGUUAGCCUUCAGUAUUUAGGAAAAGCCCUUUUGGGGAGUUCUUGUGCCUUUCAUGCUUCCGUUUCAUUCAUUCAAAAUUUCUGUCAUUUCACGCGCGACACUCCAUGCGUAGAAUUUAAGGAGUUAACGAAAUAUCCCUCUGUGUCCGGUUCUGUUCAGAGAGGUUUGUUUUCGAUUGAGGAGUCUGCAUACAGUUGAUUAGGGAGCUGGUGUGCUGUUGAAAGGUUUUAGAAGUUGACAUGGGGCCGCUCUGUUUGUGGUCAGGUAGUUUUUUUGUAAACACGGGUUCUAAUCAAACCAUCAAUAUAUAAUGGCAGUAGCAUUUACAAAUACAGCUAUUUUGGUGUAGGGUGUUGGGAUAAAGUACUACGAAGAGCACUCAGUUACCAGGUUACACGUUCAUUUUAAAUCAGUUUAGUCAGUGACAGUUUUUCAUAAACUUUGUUUUUCAAUCUGGCUAAAACAGAUGACUCCUGGUUCUUCUGUAAAUAAAUCAGAGGCAGUCAAUAUUGCAACACCACAAUCGAUCUUGAAGGUAAGAAUAUUAUGAAGAACAGCCGAUAAAUUUGUGUGAGUUUGAACGCAAGGAAAGCCAGGUAUUAAUCGUUUGUUAAAAAUUUAUCGAAGAUUUUUAGAAGUUGGUUAAAAUGAGCGUUAUAUAAAAUUCACCUAAUAAAAAAGACAUUUCUAUUGUAAGUAAACCCUUGUCUCUUUAGUCUCACCAAUGCUCCAACUACGUGACGUCAAGUAAUUUACUUAAUGGAUCAAUAUUUAUUAAGCGUUUACGUACUUGUUAAAGAAUCCCUGGAAGGAACAUAAUUCAGAAGUGCCUCCUUUCGCUAGCUUCUAAUCCUGCAGAACAGGCGUUAUUUUCUCGUUUUUAGGCGAACGAAGGAAAGUGCGAAGCGGGCGUGAAGCGUGGAUAUUACCUUUUCUGUCUCCCAGAAUCAAGGAUUAUGUUUAUUCAUUUUGUUUUAAUAUAUUGCAGAUUACUCGAGUGAUCAGGCGAACUUCGCCCCAGCAGUCUCCUUCAUCAUCUCCUCCAACCACCAGACAUGGUUCCUCCGACCAGCUGUCGAGACCUGCGGCGGAAUCUCACGGUAUGUACAGAGUUAGUCUCAGUUUCAAUCCUUAGUGUCUGAAAAGGCAGCUUGAACCAGUAAUGCACGUAUUAUCUUUCAGGAGCAAGUGCCAUCACAGAGAGGGAGGAAAGUGCCACACCAAGCAGACGUAUAAGGUGAGAUCGCCAAAAAGAAAAAGAAAAAAAACACUCUUCAGUUACUUACAGUGGCCUUGAUGAGCGCGACACUAAUCUCUUUUAUUCAAUUUAUUUGUACGUUCGUCCUUGUACGUGCACAUGGUUUAAAUGUUUAUUUUUUUGCCCUUAGAUUUGCUUGUGAAAGUGCAGCGGCCUCUCCCUCAAGGUAACAAACCUUUCAUUGAUAUGAUUACUUUUGCAGCAGCUGGAGAGAAGUUAAGUUUUAAUGAUCUCCAUGUAAGCAAAAUCGCUAAAUACCUAAAGAGAGCGCUAAGCAGUGAGUGCGUGAAUAUAUUUUCGGCCAAAGUGUCUUAGUGAUCUUGUUAUCUCUGUGCACUCGUUCUGAAGCUUCCAGCCUUGAAACUUUUAUUUUCAUGUGCGCUUGAAUGGAUGAAUAAUAAUAGUUAUGCAUUGAGUUUUAGUUUACUCGGGGUCUUGAUGUGGAGUCAGCCAUCAUCUUUACCUUCAAUUGUCGUCCUUUUAAGAUACACAUUACAAGUCCCGUGAUGACUGUUAAUUUGUUUAUCAUGUGUUUCAGCCCAGCUAAGCAGGCUGAAUAUAACCCCACCGGUGUUUCAUUUGAAGACACAACCGACGCUUUACCCAGUCACGUGAUAACAGAGACUGGUGCUAUGGAAGUCAGUAGUGAUCAACAGACAACGUUGUUAAGGACUGCUGCUUCACAACAGGACACUCAAGGUAGCGGGCAACACUCACUCUCCAGUCACUGAGGGCGUGGGGUACUCUAUUAUGAUUUCGAUGAUGAUGAUGAUGAUGAUGAUGAUUAUUAUUAUUGUUAUUUUUAUUCCACAUGAAAGUAAGCAUAUUACAGAACUCAAAGUUUGAAAUAGCGAAUAGUUGCAGUCCCUGAACGGUGUGAACGUGAAGCAAGGGAAAAAAAUAAUGAAUACGCACGUCAACGAUGUACUUUAACUUAAAUUGUUAGAGACUUAUCAAACAGCCUGACCCUUGUGAAUUUUUGUAAAUCUUUUAGUGAAUCUCAGCACUGAACCGGAAGAGGAUGCAAAUGAAUCUGAGUCAGAGGUGCAGAUAACUGCAGCUGUUAUGGACAUAACAGGUGAUGACAGUGAUAUUGAAGAAGCGGUGGCUCGUGAUGCUGACGAUUAUAGCAGUUACGAACUCGAUGAUAGCGACGAAGUGCUUGGUAAGUAGGCGGUCUGAACGCCUCUUCAGGCAAACGUGGAACCGCUAGAGGUUAAGAAUUCUUUUUCACUAAAUGUUCCUUUUGGCAAUUGUUAAUUGUUUUGAAAUUUUGUGGUAUAUUUAGAUGCUGACAGCGAGGAUGAAAGUACAAAAGAAGAGUCAUCAGUUGAACUUGAGCCACAGAUAAAAAGCGUUACUGCACCUGACACCUCCGCUAAGUAUGUGCCGUCAUAAUGUUGAUUUUUUGCACUGAAUAUUUUCAGAUUUGGUUGCCAGUGGUUAGCACAUUCAUGGUGUGUGUGUCUAACUAUUUUUCCCCUGGUUGUGUAAGUUAAGUAUCAAACGCUACUAAAAAACACAAAUGUGGGUUUAUCUUACACUAUGUAUUUGAGUCCUAUUGCCUCGUCGUAGUUAGUGUAGAAUGGGACAGUAUUAUUAUAUGAGGGAAUGAGUCACGCAAGAUAUAUAUUAAUUAUUUAUUUUGAGUCAAAAUUUUUUAUCAACACCUAAGUAAAAGUAUUUUUGUUUUUUCAACAAUUCUUUCAUUUGUUAUAUUUGUGUCUUUAGGCUUUCUCCUGUGACUGAAAAUGACCAGCCGUCAGCGGCAGAUAAGGUAACGCCAAGUCGUACAUUUGCUAAAUAAAUCUAUUUUUUUUUAUCUCUUGUAUAUCAAUAUUUCUUUGUGCCAAAGUUGACAAUGUGGCCUAUUCUACGUUUUCUGGGACAAAAUUAGGAACGUUAUUUUGAGGUGUUGUCGCUUUGUACAUUUCAGUCGCCAAGUCCUCAGCCCAAAGUAAAAGAACCCGCUUCCCCUACCAGCAUCAGUCCAUCAGCUACUGCAUUAUCAGAUCCAAUAAUCAACACACUUUCACCUCCAACAUCAUCCAACAGCAGUCCGCCGAAGCAACCAUCAUUAUCUGAAUCGGAAGCCACGCCACAGACGACGCACGAUGCACCUUUAGACACCAUUGAAACACAGGUGGAAACUACUGACUUUUCGUACACGUUUUCACCGCCAGCUAUUCUUCAAACGCCUCCUAGACAAGAAAAAUCAACGUUUUCUUCAGCACAGGCGCAAACCACGCCCUCGUUAGAGUUCAUCUUCUCUCCACCCCUGACUCGCUCCAUGGCCAGGCGAAGAUCUUCUGGAUUGACUCCAGUAGCUCAAAGCUAUACCAGGUAACGUCUGCUAUUCAGACCUGAGUACAAAACAACUUACAGCUAGUACGUUUACUGCUUUUUUGCUCUUAGAUAUUAAGCUCCACUUGAAUGCACUAAAACUCUUUGUCUUAAUUUCAGGGAACAGACCGGCAAACCGCGCACCCCACACCAGUCUCCUUCUGAAAGCCCAAUAUCAUUUGUCUCCCCAGUCCCUCAACCUGGCCAGUCACCACGGGGUUCUCGGAAAAAGGUUGUACGAGUUCCUGUUCAUUCAAUGACGCUGAGGGCAAGAAAAUGUCCGGGAAGAACAACACGUGCUGCCAAACUACCCCACACGAAACUGUAG